CGGGGAGAAGCAGCCCCGCCCCCGCGCCUCGCGGCGGGAUCGGGCCGCCCCCGGAGGCGGAGUCAGCCAAUCAGGCGAGUGGGCGGGGUCUCGCGGGGGCAGAUGCCGCGGGGCUCAGCUCUCGGACAGUUGCGCGAGACUUGGUGAGAUUGGGGGAGGGAACCAGGGCGCUGUUUCCCCAUUGGUUGGUGUCUGCCCCGCGUGGUUGCUAGGAGACAGGUGUAAACAGAGCGGAAAGCUGCCGGAGGCGGCAUGGCAACGAACUACAAAGCGGGGCAGUAUGAGGAUGCCUUCAUUGCACAGAAUUUGCAAAACUGGACCCUGCCCAAGCUCUACAAGGAGCACCCCUCUGCCCGGGAAGGCUAUACCCAAUUUAUAGCCAAUGACCGAGGACACCUGCUCCCCACUGUGCCUCGUUCAAAGGCUUCCCCCUGGGGCACAUUUAUGGGAACCUGGGAGAUGCCACUGAAGAUUCCCCCAGCCAAACUGAACCUGACCUCCCGCUCGGCUGCCGCAGCCUCGCGCCUCACCGACUGGAUCCACAAGUCCACUGCACUAACCAGCGCCUGCAACGGCCUCCGCCCACAGAUCACCGGCAAGCCUCAAGAGCCUGAAUCACACACGCAGCCCACAAAGGAGCUUUCCAGUAAGAACAGCCGGGCAUCUAACAGAAGCUCCCAGGGCCCCAAGUCCUCAGCCAAAAUGCCCCCUGAAGAGGAGGCUUAUCACAAAGGAUCCACCCCCCCCAAGGUCCCACUGUCACGCCAGCCUGGCUGCAUGGAUGUUCGAAUAAAAGGAGCUACUUCCCAAGAGAUCUCAGGUUCGCGCAAGCCAGGCUCAAAGGAGGCUUGGCACAGAGGAAGCAUAUCAUCUGAGGUCCCAUUGUCACGCCAGCCCGGCUGCAUGGAUGUUCGAAUCAAAGAGAUCCCAGCUUCCAACCGCCCUCCUUCAAGGGAAGCUAAUCCCAGGCGAGCCAUCUCCGCUGAAGUGCCAGCUGCAAGUCGACCUGGGUCAAUGGAGGCUAAAGCCAAAGGAGUCAGCUCACCUGAGCUCAUGGUUUCAUGUUGUCCUGGGUCAAUGGAGGCCAAUCCCAGGGGAGCCAUCUCACUUGAGGCCUUGGCAUCAGGCCGCCCCAGUUCAAAGGCUAGCGAAGCAGCUGAGACCCAGAAGAGGAUGUCAAGGAGGGCAGCAGAGGGGAACAAGAGCAUGUCACCCAGGAUGGAAGGGUCAGCAAGACCCCAGUCCUGCCCUGAAGAAAGAUUUGAGCAAACAUUCAACUGA